AAUUGCCUUUUUGUUACCAACAACGAUGUCGAUAGCAAGAGAUAUACCCGCGAUAAAGAAAGCAGCUCCUGGUUCAUCGCUUCCAGCCAACUAUAGUACAACACCUUCAGGAACGAUUUACUCUAGUACACCUGGAGGUAGCAGAAUCAUUUACGAUCGUUCUACACUUCUUAGCCUCAAGAAUUCACCUCUCGCUAAGACACCACCAACCAACUUGGCUUAUGUCCCUGGUGUUACUAUGCAACAUAAUUCUAAUAACGAUAGUACAACGAAGCCUAGUAAUGGCACGACUCAGAUUUCGGGGCAUUUAGCUCCUCCACAGUCGACUCUUCCGGGAGUUCAAAAAAAAGUCGAUGACAACGGAAAAAGUGCUUCUGGCGCUGAAAGCGGUGACGAAGACGCCAAUCAACAACAACACG